AUGUCAGGAAGAGGAAAAGGCGGUAAAGGUCUCGGAAAGGGUGGUGCUAAGCGUCACCGUAAGAUUCUCAGAGAUAACAUCCAAGGUAUUACCAAACCAGCUAUUCGUCGUCUCGCUCGUCGUGGUGGUGUCAAGCGUAUUUCCGGUUUGAUUUACGAAGAGACCCGUGGUGUUCUCAAGGUCUUCUUAGAAAAUGUCAUUCGUGACUCAGUCACCUACACUGAACACGCCAAGAGAAAGACUGUCACAGCUCUUGAUGUUGUCUACGCACUCAAGAGACAAGGAAGAAUCCUUUAUGGUUUCGGUCAAUAAACGAAUUGCUAUGCAACCAUCAAUCCUUCAAAUCAUGGAAAUCGCCUGUAUUUAUUGUUAUGUACAUUACUGAAUAGAUAAUUAAGUUUGACAU